AUGAAAGGAUGCAAGCCGCGUGCUACUCCUAUGGAGAAUCGUCUAAAACUAAGCAAGAACAACACUGAUCCUCCAGUUGAUGCCACAAAGUGCAGGAGUCUAGUGGGAAGCCUAAGAUACCUUGUCAACACAAGGCCUGAUCUAGCAUUUGCUGUUGGGAAAGUAAGCCGCUACAUGGACUCCCCUACAACUCAGCACGUGACGGCUCUUAAACAUAUUCUGAGAUAUGUAGCUGGUACCAUCGGUUUUGGGUGUUGCUACAAAGAGGAUGGUGAUCAAACACUGAUUGGGUAUAGUGAUCACUUGGGCGUCACAGGCAUAGCAUUUUUUCUCGGUAAAGGCUUGAUCACUUGGGCGUCACAAAAACAGAAGAUUGUGGCUCAAUCAUCGUGCGAGGCCGAGUAUAUUGCAGAAGCGUAUGCUGCAAGUGAGGGUGUAUGGCUCAGUGGACUACUUGCUGAUCUGAAGAAAGAAGGGCCAGUUGUUGCAAAGCUCAAAGUAGAUAACAAGUCAGCCAUAGCUCUUAGUAAGAAUCAGUUCUCCAUGACAGAAGCAAAGGAAGGGAGAAUCAUCAUCGAGUAUGUGCCAACAGAGAAGCAGCUCGCAGACAUUCUCACAAAGUCAUUGGGGCGUCUCAAAUUUGUCGAGAUGCGAGAGAAGAUUGGAGUUCUGGAGGUUAAUCCUGAAAAUGUGCUAUAG